AAAGCUUAUGUUUCCGGGGGAAAGAGCGUCGUGGGAGCUUCCUGAAGGGAAAUGGAGCGGGAGUGAAGCCGCCGCGGGAUCUCCGGCACCCCCUUCCCUUUCCCCUCCCCAUUUCCCCGCAAAGGAGAACCGGAGCCGGCCGAAAAGUUUCGUGCCCUGUCCCCAAGGCUCGCCAAGCAGUUGAUGCGGAAAAUCAAGAGGGUCCGGCUGGAAAACGAAAGCCCAGGAAGUUGGAGAAGUCCCUUGAGCGGUUCAGGUGCCCAGCCCAGGAUGACGGCAGUGGAAGCACUCCCGGAAGGUGCUGAGGCAGUGGAAAUGGAGGACCCAGCGGCCAGCCGUUUCCAGGUGGAGAAGCAUUCCUGGGAAGGGCUGCGGGACAUCAUCCACGGCAGCCGCAAAUACACCGGGAUGAUAGUCAACAAAGCGCCCCACGACUUCCAGUUCGUCCGGAAGACUGAGGAGACCAGCCCACACUCCCACCGACUCUAUUACCUCGGAAUGCCAUACGGCAGUAGAGAGAACUCCCUCCUCUACUCCGAGAUCCCCAAAAAGGUACGGAAGGAAGCCCUGCUCUUGUUGUCAUGGAAACAGAUGCUGGAUCACUUCCAGGCCACCCCCCACCACGGGAUGUACUCCAGGGAGGAGGAGCUGCUGCGGGAACGGAAGCGGCUGGGCGUCUUUGGCAUCACCUCCUACGACUUUCACAGUGAGAGCGGCCUCUUCCUCUUCCAGGCCAGCAACAGCCUCUUCCACUGCCGGGACGGAGGCAAGAACGGCUUCAUGGUCUCUCCCAUGAAACCGCUGGAGAUCAAGACACAGUGCUCCGGUCCCCGGAUGGAUCCCAAGAUCUGCCCGGCAGAUCCCUCAUUCUUUGCUUUCAUCAAUAACAAUGAUCUUUGGGUGGCAAACAUCGAGACCCGGGAGGAGCGACGAAUGACGUUUUGCCAGAAAGGGUUGUCUAGUGUCCUUGACGACCCCAAAUCAGCUGGUGUGGCCACCUUUGUCAUCCAGGAAGAGUUUGACCGGUUUACAGGGUACUGGUGGUGUCCCACGGCUUCCCAAGAAGGCCCAGAGGGCUGGAAGACGUUACGGAUCCUGUACGAGGAGGUAGACGAGUCGGAGGUAGAAGUGAUCCACGUUCCUUCCCCGGCUUUGGAAGAGCGGAAGACCGAUUCCUAUAGAUAUCCCAGAACAGGUAGCAAGAACCCCAAGAUCUCCCUCAAGAUGGCUGAGUUCCAAGCCGACUGUGAGGGGAAGAUUGUCUGCGCCCAGGACAAGGAGCUGGUACACCCCUUUGAAACCAUGUUCCCAAACGUGGAGUACAUCGCUCGGGCCGGGUGGACACGUGACGGACGAUAUGCUUGGGCCAUGUUCCUGGACAGGCCUCAGCAGCACCUCCAGCUCAUCCUUUUCCCUCCCGCGCUCUUCAUCCCGGUCCCGGAGAGCGAGGAGCAGCGCCGAGAGUUGGCCAAAGCCGUGCCUGAUAGCGUCCACCCCUUCGUCAUCUACGAAGAAGUCACCGAUAUCUGGAUAAACGUCCACGACAUCUUCUACCCUUUUGCCCAGACGGAGGGGGAAGAGGAGGAGGAGCUUCACUUCAUCCGGGCCAACGAGUGCAAGACGGGCUUUUGCCACCUCUACCGGGUCACGGCCCUCCUGCAGCGGGGCAGCUACGACUGGACCCAGUCCUACGUCCCCAGCAAAGGAGACUUCAAAUGCCCUCUCAAGGAGGAAGUUGCUCUCACGAACGGAGAAUGGGAAGUUCUCGCACGACACGGCUAUAAGAUUUGGGUGAACGAAGAAACCAAGCUGGUGUACUUCCAGGGCACGAAGGACACUCCUCUGGAGCAUCAUCUCUACGUGGUCAGCUACGAAUCACCCGGUGAAGUGGUCCGGCUCACCACCUUGGGCUUCUCUCACAGCUGCUCCUUGAGCCAGAACUUUGACAUGUUUAUCAGCCAUUACAGCAGCGUGAGCACCCCUCCCUGUGUCCAUGUUUACAAGCUGAGUGGCUCCGAUGAGGACCCCCUCCACAAGCAGCCCAGGUUUUGGGCUAGCAUGAUGGAAGCCGCCAGCUGCCCUGCCGACUACAUCCCACCGGAGAUCUUUCACUUCCGCACCCAGUCGGAUGUGGAGCUGUAUGGGAUGGUGUACAAACCUCAUGACCUCCAGCCGGGAAGGAAGCACCCCACAGUCCUCUUCGUGUACGGAGGACCUCAGGUCCAGUUAGUGAAUAACUCCUUCAAAGGCAUCAAGUACCUACGGCUCAAUACGCUGGCCUCCCUCGGCUACGCUGUGGUGGUGAUCGACGGCCGGGGCUCCUGCCAACGAGGCCUUAAGUUCGAAGGCGCCCUCAAGAACCAGAUGGGUCAAGUGGAGAUAGAAGACCAGGUGGAAGGUUUACAUUACGUGGCGGAGAAAUACGGGUUUGUGGACCUGGCCCGCGUUGCCAUCCAUGGCUGGUCCUACGGAGGCUUCCUCUCCCUCAUGGGCCUCAUCUGCAAACCUCAUGUCUUCAAGGUGGCCAUUGCCGGGGCCCCCGUCACCGUCUGGAUGGCUUAUGACACGGGAUACACGGAGCGGUACAUGGAUGUCCCCGAGAACAACCAGCAAGGCUACGAAGCGGGGUCGGUGGCACUGCAUGUCGAGAAACUCCCCAACGAGCCCAACCGCUUGCUGAUCCUCCAUGGGUUUCUGGAUGAAAACGUGCACUUUUUCCACACCAAUUUCCUGAUCUCCCAACUCAUCCGGGCUGGGAAGCCCUAUCAGCUACAGAUCUACCCCAACGAGCGACACAGUAUUCGCUGCCCGGAGUCAGGGGAGCACUACGAAAUCACGCUGCUGCACUUUCUUCAAGAAUACCUCUGAGGGGGCAGAGAUACCCCCCCC